CUCUCACACACACACACCAUCGCACAGGAGGACAGAACGCAGCCUGCACCUGACCACGGAGGCGCUCCGCUCCAGUGAGUUCCAGAACAGCGUUCCGUUCCGAUGUUGCCGAGCAACGGCGGCACAAUGGCGGAGCUGAGCGUGCAGGAGGGGGCGUGGCCAGCGGAGAGCCGGUGGGCCAAUUGCACGCAGCAGCAUGCGGCCGUCAUGGCGACUAAGCUGCUCCUGGGCGUGUUCAUUGGCUGGCUGUGCCGCGGCUCGCUCGGCCGCUCCCUGAUGGGCGUGUACCUCGCCUCCCUGCUGCUGGCCGACUUCCUGUUGGGGGCGGGGCUGACGGCCGCGUGGUGGCUAGAGGGGCGGGGUCUCCAUCUCUCCGCCACCUUGCUGUCUCACGCCUCUGCGGUCUACGCCGCCCUGCCGCUCCCCGCCCUCAUCCUGGGCGCCCUCGACUACGCAGCCACCGCCUACAGCAACCGCACACGCACAUGCAGCAGCAGCACCCCUGGCAACCACAUCAGCAUCACCCCUGGCGACAGUCACAGCAUCACCCAUGGCAACGGCAUGACCAGCAUCACCCAUGGCAACCACAUCAGCAUCACCCGUGGCAACCGCCUCGGUGGCAUCGUCAGUGGGCGUGGCGCGACGCUGCUGCGUGUGGUCGUCGUGGCGAUGAUGUGGGCCGGAGCGGGUCUGUCGUCGUGGCUCCACACGGACGCGUCGGUGCUGAUGCUGGAGGGGGGGGUGGGGGUGGGGACCAGCCCCUUCAUCAGCAUCUUCUGCCUCUCCAUCCUCCUCAUCACCACGGCAACACUCCUCACAAACCCCACGCACCUCCCACGCUGGGCUCGCCUGGCCAAUCACAUCAGCUCUCUACAACAGCAACCAGCCAAUCAGAUGAGCUCUCAACAGCAGCUGGCCAAUCACAGCUGCCGUCAGCCGUGGACACCGCCUCCCAGCUACGCUGAUCACAUCAAGGACUACAAGCCCCCAAGCAGCUACGUAGCCACUACUCCACAUCACACACCAGCCACUACUCCACAUCACACACCAGCCACUACUCCACAUCACACACCACCCAGCUACGUGGACACGACUCCACACCAGCUCACAUCCAGCCAUGUGAAGACACCAGACCACCAUAACUCCCCAAGCUGUAAAGACCCCCCCACGCCACAAUCCCCAGAGCCCCCCACGCCACAAUCCCCAGACCCCCCCACACCACACACCCCAGAAACCCCCCACGCCACACACACCCCAGACCCCCCCACGCCACAAUCCCCAGACCCCCCCACGCCACACACCCCAGAGCACACCAUUGUCACCUGCGAGAAGACAGCCAUCCUUGCACCCCCCAGCUAUGACGAGGACCGCACACCACACCACCUGACGCCCCCCAGCUAUGACGAGGCAGUGGGCCCCCUCCUCCUGCCCCCCCUGGGUUGCCCCCUCCCCCCGCUGCGUGUGAGCUGUGCGUUGCUGCUGGCUCUGCACUGGUGUCCGUACGUGCUGGUGCACCUGAGUAGUGACCUGCUGGGCAUGGCCAUUCCCGCCCACGUCUCCAACAACGCGCUCUGGGCCGCCGCCGCUAACAGCCUGCUAGCAGCACUCACGUACUGGGCCACGCACACACACACACGGGCAUGCUGCGACACACACACGCACACACACUCCAGCUGCGACACACACAAGCACACGCACACGUACACACACUCCAGCUGCGACACUCACACGGACAAGAGCUCGUUCACAGACCCGUGCACACACACCGGCUCGUGCACACACACCCCAUUCUGCACACACACCCCAUUCUGCAUCGGGGAUCAGGGCUUGGACCUGGUCUGUGAUUGGAGGAUUGCUGGAUAUCUGAGUUACCAUGCCAACGACAACAUCGCCUUCACACACACACUGCCAGAGGAGAUACACACACAGAGGAAACUCCCGCUCUGACUGACUGACACACACACACACACACAAACACAAACACACUCAAGGGCCAAAUGUUUACUUCCUUCUUCUGUAGAGGGAUUAACAUGUAAGAACAUUGGAGUACGAACAACCAUUUUUGACUUUUGCAUUUUAUUUUGGGAAAUGAAGUCCUAUCAUCUUGUGUGAAUUCUUGCUAGGGGUCGACCCAUACAGGUUUUUUAAUGGCCGAUGCGAUACCGAUAUUUUUUCCAUCACCCUUGGCCGAUACCCGAUUUCCGAUACCCGAUAUUUGGGGCCGAUAUGGGUUAAAAAAUGACAAAUAUUCCAGGUCUCAAGUUAAAAAUAAACAUUCCUUUAACAUUAUCAAAUUGAGGUAGAACUUGUAACAUUUAAACACCCACUCUAACAAUCAAGUAAUGUCUAACAAUCAAGUAAUACAAAAAUAAAGUGUCUUGGUGCUUCUAAAAAAACAGAAUAACCUAAAAUAAUAAUAAAAUUGUGUGCAUCAGCCAAAACCACAUGUGUAUCGGCCGAUACCGAUACACUUAAAAUAUUCAAAUAUCGGCCCGAUAUCGAACCGAUAUAUAUAUCGGUCUAUCCUUAGUAAGAACAUUGGAGUAAG